AUGGCGAACUGUUCUUAGCGGGAAGGAAUGCGAAGGACAAUUUCUGCCGUGCUGUGACUGGACAGAAACUGACUGUGCGCCAUUGCUGUACAAGCUCCGUUCACAGAUACCUGCCUUACGCUAAGGUUUCGGGAAUGGCGAACUGUUCUGCGAAAACUGAGGGAAACAGCCAAACCCUGAUCGAUAGCCCAGGCAUUCCAUGGAAACAUUGGCCUAAAAAAAAGAAGAAAAUAGCAGGAAUCUACGUUAUCAAAGAGGAUGGAUGGGUCAUCUACGUGGGGAGGUCCAAAAAUAUAAAACAACGUCUGAAGUCACACUGCAAGGGGAAGGUGCAAGCCAUCGACAUACACAUUGGUGGUACCGAUGCCGGGAGGCUCAGCUACAACUUUGUGGUUGACCGCCGCCAGAAGUGUAAUGAACACUGUUAUGAACACCACAUUACUGAAUCGCAAGGUUGGCGGCCAGAGUUCAACAUGAAGGGAGGAGAUGCGUGUCGUGCAUGUGUCCAGUGUAAGAAAACAUGAACCUGGUGACAAGGAUACAAAAUGUGUUAUUCUCUAGAACGAAAUCAAUAAUGUCAUCAAUCAAUUAAAGAAGGAGAUUCACCUGACUUACCUAUAGCUGACUGGAUAAUGUGUAUAUAAAUCUGAGAUUUGUGUUAAUAUUUGCCACAUUCAUUCACGAAUUGAUAUGAUACCAGAACAGAAGAGAAAUAAACGUGACGACAUUG